AAUUAUUCACCGAGUCCUCGUUCCACUUGAUUCUCCUUCCCAUGCUUCCAUUCCAAUGGAAGACGCAAUAAAAGAAGUACGUUUCCCCGUUGCACCAAAAUUCGCGCGAUACAUAGGGUCGAGAUCGAAACUGGCGCGCGUGUUUGAUCGUUGGCGAACGUUGGUCUCGCGCUAUGUCCGGGCUGGGAAGAGUAAAAAAAAGAAAAAAAAGAAAAAAAAGGAAAAAGUAUAACGAGGGGUGAAGUAACUAGAGGGAAAAAGGGGGGAGGGAGGGGAGAAAGGAAAGGAAGAGGGAGGGAAAGGAAGACGGAAAGAGACAAAAGAAAAGGAGAAAAAGGAAGAAACUUGGAACCCCCUGGCAACCACCCUCCCGCCGAUAGAUGCACCUCCGCGAGUAGCAGGAAUAGAAGCAGCCUCCCUCCAAACCCGUGGUACGUGGCGCAUGCCCAUCCGGGAAUCGAACCCGUGGAGGCACAACGUCACCGGCGAACCAGCCGCCGGGAUCGUCAGUGCGUUUGGCGAACAGUUCGCGAACGGACGUGUUCUUUGCGGCCUCUUGGAGAACGCCUCUCGUCCAAGUAUAAACACGGCGAGACGCGGAGGACCACCUGAUCCGACGAGAGGGCCAACGAGUCGAGACGACAACUAUUCCCGUGUGGGUGGGCCGCCUCGUUAGGGUGGCGUGGCCAGCGCGAGUAGAGGCCGCGUCAUGCGAAAGGUCGUCGUCCGCUUCGUCGUCGCACACGUUGUUUCUUCAUGGUCGACGAUAACGGAGGAGAAGGCCGGCGAGAUUGCGCGCCCUCGUCAGAGAACGCUUCCUCCUUAGAUCGUCGACGGUACACCACCCGAGAUUCGCCUCGAGAAAAUCCUCGAUCACGUGUCUAGAUAUAUAAGAUAUAUAUAUGUAUAACGGAUAUAUUUCGAUAUUACUCACGAUCCAUGCACGCGGUGUCGAUCUUCUCGGAGGAAAGUGCACUCGAGACACCAAGGUCGUCGUCCACGAUCAAUGAACGCCGCUGCGUCUGCCGCCACGUGACAAGGCUCGCGGUGCACUUACUUCUUCUGUCCCUUCGAAUGGCUCGUACCUCGUCGGGAAACCCUUCGAAUCGGGGAACGAAGGUAGAAAUUUUUCCAUCCUCGAAAUCUUCGUAUCGCGUAGUUUAAUGCGUCGUACACGUGGAACGGUCGUCCGAUGAUUACGACGUACAAGCUGUUGUCGUAUAAGCUCGCGGGACCUUCGCUCGUCCGUUAUCUUAUUUUCGAAAGCGUGUUUGGUAAAUAAUACACCUGGCUGCCGAGUAGCGAGAAGAAGGUUUCGUUUCCAGGAACGCUCUUGCUUUGUUUCCAUGACGUGUACGUUUCCCGGAAACAGAAGCGUUCGAGGAAAUCCUUGUUUUCGUUGCGUGUGGUGUGAAGGAAGAGAGAAGGUUAUUGGUGAACAUUGUUCCAAUUUUGCGUCGCAAUAAACGGCCGCGUGGAACUUCUGUCGCGUUAGGUUAAGUGUUUGGGAAACGGGAUAGGGGGAGAGUGAGAAGAGAAAAGAGAAGAAGGGACAGGUAGACGGGGGAGGGAAGGAAGAAAGGGACGCAAGUGACGUGCAGUGAGAUCUGUGGUAAGGAGACUCUUGGGACUGCGAAAGCCCGCUUACGACGUGACAUGACGGAGGAGAUCGUACACGGAGAGGUUAAACGGAGAGGCGGAGAAGAGUGAAGAAAUUGGAAAGAACGCGUGGUUGGUUCGGUAGGCAGGUAGCUUGGAUUUCAUCAACGUGGCUGGUUUGCACAGCUUGUAUCCGUGCAACUCCGGCAAGGAGUAACUAUCUGGUUACAUGAAAGAAGGACAUGAACUACUCUCAAGGGAAGGGACGGCUCUACCCGGCCUACAGUUUGAGCGGCAGUGAGGGUGAGGAAAAUUCGCCAAGCCUGCGAGGCCGUGCCCCCCCUGCCUACCCUCAAAACAAUCACCAGACCACGCAAUCGCACCUAAAUCACUACAACGCCAGCCAGCAUAAACAACGUGCCUAUCAACAGCAACAACAGCAUCCCUUGUAUCAUAUGCCCAGCACUGGCGCUGGACUUAGCGACACACCGACCUCCGGUAACGCGUCCGACGAAACCCUCACCGACAGUGAUCUCAUCACUGUUGCCCGCGACUCUGCUCUGCUCGUUCAUAACGGUACGUACACACGAUUUUAACAUACGAUGCACACUGAUGCGCUCCACUAAUACAGACACGGACGAGACGUCGUAAUUCCAACCGCGACGAAAGCUUCGAUAAAUUCGAUAAUAAAGAACGGUGUUGCUCAAGAUUUUCGGCCAUGUACAACACGAAAUGUACAUGAAAACGAAACAAUACCUUCAAUACCCGUGGAAGACUGACACACGCAUGGAAGAGAGAAGAAAUACCGAUGGACCGAUCCGAAACGUAUCGACGGAGGCGGGCGAACGUGGGUGAAGGGCGCAUUAGCAUAAUUCAGGCUGAAGGGCGGCCGAUUCGAGAUUCCAGCGUAAGGUGGACGUCGGUCUAUGAAGAAGAAGCCGGCCGGCGGCUGAGAGGGCCGCCCGAUCCCCCGUCGACGAGGUUUCUCGCGUCGAGAUUAGCAUCGGCGCCCGGUAAACGCCAGAAAAUAAGCCGAGGCGCCCCUCCCGCGCAUUGUCGACCGCCCAAAAUUUAUUCCAAUCCUUUGUUCUCGGACGCCCGUUAGUUAUCAUUAGUACGCGGCACGCCUCGACCGCUUGGCAUGCGAGGAGAAGCAGCACCGCGAGAGUCGGUAAAGAGGCGUACGAUUUUCUCCGAGUAUUUAUUAACGCGCCGCGUUGUUGUUGCUCGGCCAGCCCGGUUGUUUGUCGGCUCGUCGUCGAAUCUUCGAGUUUCGAGCGAGUUGCGAUACAGAUAUAUUGCGUAUUAUCGAUUAUUGCUGCUAUCCUUAAAGGCGAACAGUCGAAUCGCGUAAACUUGAAGCUUAAAACUCGAUUGAAAGAGUAUGGAAAUUUGGAAGAACUUUGGAUCGAUGUAAUGUACGAAAGUAAUGACUUCUGGACAACGAACGAAAGAUUAUUGGGAGUGUCAAAUCUUGCCCUUUGAAACGCCUUUUGAUUUAUCCCGAUACGACUUCCGGUUCCCGAGAUAUCGUCGUGUAAAGAAAAGACUGCCUUUCGAUCGUUUACUUUACACGUGUGAUUAGACUCUAUUAAAAUUAGAAAAAUUUUGAACCGCCGUAACUUCGAAGAUAGUGACUUCCGGUCGAUGAAUGAGCGAUCGUUAGAAGCGCAAGAUCUUGCCCUUUGAAACGCCUUUUGAUUUAUCCCGAUACGACUUCCGGUUUCUGAAAUAUCGUCGCGUAAAGAAAAGGAUAAUUUUUUUUUAAUCGUUCACCUCGGUCCUUAAAUCCUAUUGAAAUUAAAAAAACUUUGAAGCGCUGUAACUUUAAAGAUGGUGACUUCCGGUCGACGAGUGAGCGAUCGUUAGAAGCGCAAAACCUUCUGCUUUGAAACGCUUUUCGAUUUAUCCCGAUACGACUUCCGGUUCCCGAGAUAUCAUCGCAUAAAGAAAAGAGUAAUUUUUAAUCAUUCACCUCGAUCCUUAAAUCCUAUUGAAAUUAGAAAAACUUUGAAGCGUCGUAACUUCGAAGAUGGUGACUUCCGGUCGACGAGUGAGCGAUCGUUAGAAACGCAAGAUCUUGCCCUUUAAAACGCCUUUUGACUUAUCCCAAUACGACUUCCGGUUGCCAAGAUAUCAUCGUGUAAAGAAAAAGGUAAUUUUUUAAUCGUUUAAUAUCUUCGUCCUCGUCGCUUACUCGGACCUCUCGCUUACUCGCGCCUCGUCUCACUGACCUAUGCCAAUCUCUCCAAUUUACAGACGCGAUUCCAGGAAAAACGUAGUACGCGUUUCUAGGAAAAAAUGUAGGUCAGUGGGUCGCGAGCCCAUUCAUAAAUUUCAAGUAUUACGAAAAACUUUGAAUCCUUGUAUCUCGGCAACCGAUCGAGAUAUUUAGAUAAAACAAAAAGGAGCUUCGAUGGCACGGCUUCCUCCACUUUUUGACAUACGUUUUACACAUAUACGUGAUACAUUUUCCAUGUAUCAGUCUAAUAUUUAAACUGCAAAAAAAAAAAAA